ACAGAGCGGGAAGAGAACGCGUCGCUUACACCUCACAUUUUCUCAAUUCCUCCUCUACUUAAGCAUCCUCUUUCCUUCUCCCUUUUCCAUUGCACACUCAACAAGCAAACCAAACCAACCCAUUCACACUUUCGUUACUCCCAUUUUCUCUUCGAGAUCUGUGCUUCCUCUUUAUCCUUCCUUCUCAACUGUCUGUCGGAGUGUUUUGUUCUGCAAAUGGCUUCUGAAUCGGAAAUUAUGACAGUGGGUGUUUCUGAGGUAGUACCAAUUGAAGUUACCGAAAUCGUGAUGAAUGUUAAUUUUGCUGAAGAUAUGGCUCCACCAAUUGAGACCCCAAACAAGGUUCCUACCUCGAAUUAUACCUCGCCUCCACCUCUAAAUGAGAGGAUCCUUUCAUCCUUGACUAGGAGAUCUGUUGCUGCACACCCUUGGCAUGAUCUUGAGAUAGGUCCUGAAGCUCCAAAGAUCUUCAACUGUGUGGUUGAAAUUGGGAAAGGAAACAAGGUGAAAUAUGAACUUGACAAAAAAACUGGACUUAUCAAGGUUGACCGUGUUCUUUACUCAUCAGUUGUGUACCCUCACAACUAUGGGUUUAUCCCCCGCACUAUUUGUGAGGAUGGUGACCCCAUUGAUGUCUUGGUUAUUAUGCAGGAGCCAGUUCUUCCUGGUUGCUUUCUUCGGGCCAAAGCUAUUGGGCUCAUGCCUAUGAUUGAUCAGGGUGAGAAAGAUGACAAGAUAAUUGCUGUCUGUGCUGAUGAUCCUGAGUAUAGGCAUUACAAUGACAUCAAGGAGCUUCCUCCACAUCGUUUAGCUGAAAUCCGUCGUUUUUUUGAAGAUUACAAGAAGAAUGAGAACAAGGAAGUUGCAGUAAACGAUUUUCUUCCUUCCUCAUCUGCCUUUGAAGCGAUUGAGCAUUCCAUGACCUUGUAUGCGGACUACGUUGUGGAGAGCUUGAGGCGGUAGUGUUGAUCCAUGUGGGAUUCUGCUUGCUUGGUGUUGAAGAUAUGUUUUGAAGGCUGCCAAUUUUAUUACUAUGAUUACGACGAAAAAAAUGAUUUGUACCGUAAUCCUAUCCUAUAUAGCAUGUACAUUUGUCUCACAACUGACACAUGCAUAUUCUACACAUAUUUGUGCUAAACUACUUUGUUAAAUUUUGAUUGUCAAAUGAUAUAUUCGUUUUUUGAUAUAAAAAUUUGUUUAAUAUUCA